AUGCGGGUGCUCGCGCAAAAGAAACGGCCCUUCCUGGCUGCCGAGCUGGAACAGGCAGGCACGGUGGACGUGCGGGGGGAGCUUUUUGCCGGAGCGUGCCGCUCCGAGGCCGGGGUCUGUGCCUUUCAGAGCAGUCUCGAAACCGUUGAGAGCGACUUAGCAGGAUGCUACGGGAUCCGCAUGACGGACGGGUUCCUGGGCGAGGUGCUGGGCGCCCGGGUGGUGGCCGAGGUGCAGGGCCUGGGCUGCAGCAGGAAGUGCCGGGACGGGCAGCUGGCGAGCCAGCGCGGCCUCCCCUCCCACAGCAUCCGUGGGGACCAGCUCGCCUGGGUGCAGGGGCGCAAGCCAGGCCGUCAGGGCCCUCGUGGGAGCAGCGACCGGCUGGGCGGGUUCGGGGGGACCCUGCAGAUCUACCCCGAGGGGCGCCCUGUGGUGGCCAAUAUCGAGCCCCUCUUUGACCGGCUGCUGAUUUUCUGGUUGGACCGACGCAACCCCCACGAGGUGCAGCCGGCCUACGCCGCGAGGAUCCUGCAGAACAGGUAA